AUCUUCCACACGUGCUCCAAAGCCGAAGCUGAAAAAACCAGACGGGAGACGACACUUUCAUGGUUUGCAGUGAUUUUGCCGCAAAUGAAUUCUGCAAAUUGAAGUUUCUUCUUCGUUGAUCCAAUGGUGUCUGCCUAUUUUCUUCCCUGAAAACCCUAGGAGUUACUGAAUACAGUGUUUCUGUUCCGACUGGAGCAUUUUAUCUUCUCUUUUUCAGGAAUCUAGAUCUAAGCUUACUGCAGAUUCUUCGGUUUUUUCUGUUCUACUUUUAUUAUAUUUCAAUUUUUCCGACGAGUGAUUCCUUGGAUUAUCCGGUAUGAAAGAAUCGAAACCGAUUAAGCUCAAUCUUCAUCAGCAUCAAGAUCACCAAAAUGGACACUUGGCUCCGUUCAAGCUCGCUAAAUUGUUCGAUCCAGAGGCCUCCUGGGACAAGGACCAACUAGGAGAUGUUUUGCACUGGAUUCGACAAGCAGUGGCCGUUGUUCUUGGACUUCUGUGGGGAUCCAUACCUUUGGUUGGAGGCAUUUGGUUUCUAAUUUUCCUGGCGAUAUCAACCAGCAUUGUAUAUGGAUACUAUGCGAUGAUUUUAAAAGUUGAUGAAGAAGAAUUUGGAGGUCAUGGAGCUCUUCUCCAAGAGGGCCUUUUCGCUUCUAUAACUCUCUUUCUGCUUGCUUGGAUUCUCGUAUACAGCUUGGCACACUUUUGAUUGGCAACGAAUGAUUUUGCAUCCAUGAAAUCACUUGGUGAAAUUCGAACAAUGAACUUAGUUAUAUUGAUACCCUGCUCAUUUACAAUUGCUUCUAAUUGCUGGCACAAAUUUUUUUCACAUCAUGAUGUUGAACAAAUUGAUUUAGCAGAGCAGGAAAACUCUAGCAUCUGAUAUAUGGUGAUAGAUUUUCGAUUUCCUUUUCGCUUUUGACGCUCUUCCGAGGCCAUAUAGAAAUGGGCUAUGGAUGUAAUCCUUGUUAGAAUUAACACCCUUUAUUGCCAUCUAUUAAUUACUAGGGAACGUUAUAAAUCACUAAACUAUAGGGAACAAGAAAGAAGCUUCAUUUCUUUACUUCCUCUCUUAGUAUAGCUUUUCUCUGCUUUUUAGGAAAAGAGGGAAAGAAAGGCUGCUAACUGCCAGGAAGAGCAUCGUGAAUACUUCGUCGAGACUAGGGAGGUGGGAGAUUCGAAUCUUUAAUAAGUUUUUAUAACUAACUUUUGUUGGUUGAAAUGUGCUUAUAGAAUAGAAUCAUUGUUGGGACUAUGUUGUAUGUGCAAUGUUAUUGGUGAUGGUUCCUUUUUUAUGUC